AUGUCACAAAGUCACACUUCUUUUAAACAAGACCCUUAUAGAGCUACUAGAAAAACUCAAAGUCCAGAUGGACAACACAGUUAUUAUAAUUCGGUACCUAGUAUUAACUCAGAACAAUUAUUACAUUCAAGAUCAGCUUCAGAAAGUAGUAGUACUACACGUUUAGCAACUACUACUAUGAAUAAUGUACCUAUAAAAAAACAUGUAUUAUACAGAACAGAAGAAUCUUAUUAUGAACCGCAAGAUCCAUAUGCUCCAAGGAUUAGAAAUGAAGAUAGGAAGCAACAUCAUGAAGAGGAGGAAAGAAGAAGAGGAAGAAGAAAGAAAGACGGUAAUUCCUAUUUACCUUAUUCGAAUCACAGACAUGAUCCCUAUAAUUCGGCUGAAUCUAUUUUUUUACAAGAAGAUAAUGUGGAUGAUUUACCUAGUUUCAAUUCACCUCAAGCAGCAGCAGCAGCAGCAGAUCAUAAUCAUGCUCGUGGUCCUGUAGGUUCAAUAUUACAAGAUAAUAUCAAUAUGGAUAUGAUGAAUGAUUAUCCUUAUUAUACACCUUAUCAAAGUGAUAUGAAUCUAAGGGGAACGAAACCAACAACGACACCCUCAGUACUCAUUCAAUCACUUCCACCUGUCAAGAAAAAGAAAUGGUGGGAACGAAGAUUGGGUAUGAGCGGUCAAAAACUAGUUUUCAUUCUAUUCAUCUUUAUCUCUGCUGUUGGUGUCAUUUGGUAUUUCGUUUGGCCUCGAGAACCUACUUUACGAUUUAUAGCUGCGGGUUUAAAGGAUGGAACGACAGCAAAUUAUACAUCGACUUCAAUAGAGGCUAAUUGGAUUGUCAACUUUACUGUCCUUAAUUCUGAAAGUUGGAUUCCAACUCAAAUGAAAGAUUUUGCUAUCAAUGUCAUUGAAGGCUCCUCUGGAGAAAUCGUUGGUUCUGGACAUUCAGGUCAUGUCGUUUUGAAACCAAGAUCUAUUGAUCAGAUCGUCACUAUACCCAUCCUUAUUCAAUUAACACGAGACGCAACGAACCCCACUUUAAAGACCCUCUUGAGUGCUUGUUCAGUUUUGAAUGAAGACUUAUCUUCACCUUUACCAAAGCAAACUUUAGAUAUUCGUUUCAGAGUAUCUUAUUAUAUUUCGGGAAUCAUAUGGCAUAACUCAGGGGAUGUAAUACCAGAAUCUUAUUUUCAAUGUCCAUCCUAA